AUGGAAAGAGUGACAGGCAACAGAAGCGGUCCAACUGAUAUCCCCUUUCUACGAGGUCAUAGCGAUAUUACUGGGGAUCCAGCCAAGGUCCUGAUGCAAAUCACCGAAGAGGAGUUAUGGAGAGCUUUGAUGAUCAAAACUUUGGUCCUUCUUGACCAGCGUAUUGACUCAGAAAUCUCCGAUUUCGAGUACGUUCAGUUUGCUCUGGCCAGUUUGGGAGAAGAAGAAUCCCUUGGACAAGUGGUGGACAAGAUCUGCAUGAUCAAGUGCUUUCGUAAAGAAUACAAGAUCAAAGGAACUCCAGAAGAAGGAGCAGAGUUCUUUGAUCGGUUUUCCUUGAUGUGCCCUGGGGUCUUUCUGGCAGUGGAUUUGAUACCUCCCCGCCUCAAUUGUGUGGGGAUCUUUGAUUUUGCAGCCUUUCGUCCCAAAGAGCAAAUCCAAACGGACGAGCAGAUACGAACGUUCUUUGGAGCUCAUUACUAUUUGAUGAAUAGCCUCUACCCAAACUUCCACGCCAUCCGAGAAGGCUGCGAGGUUGUAUGCGAGUGUGAGGGAGCUGGUUUUGAGUGCUUUGAUUCGAGCUUCACUGAAACUGCCAUAGAUACGCUUUUCAAGGCCUACCCCAUGAGUCUGAAGAAAGCAAUGAUGCUCAACUCACCAACAGUUGUGAGCUUCUUUUGGGCUCUUUGGAAGAGGAGGUUUCCUUGGCAAGCAAGUAAGUGGCAGCUGGGCGCUAAACUGUAUCCAGAAGAGCUCCGGAUCAACGAGUUCUUCUAUGGCGCCCCCUCUGAAGAGGCUCGGAGACGGUUAAUGAUCGAGAAUGUACAAAGAUCACUUCAAAUUCGGAAGAAGAAUGAAGACGACUUCAAAUUCUGGAAAAUCACUCAACACUGGGGAUAA